UAUAUGUGAAGCUUUGAUUGGAACUUUGCUAAAUAUUCCGGGAAAGACAAAAGAUCGGGAGUCUGUCCGUCUUGACAUGGCUGAAAUGGGAAUAAGAACAGAGUUGAGGCCAAAAACUCCCGGAAAGAAAGAGAAGGUGCCGUUGGCGUCAUGGAACUUAUCACAUGCUGAAAAAAAAACUGUUUGCUCAUCCUUUCUUAAAAUGAAGUUACCGGAUGGAUUUUGUUCAAAUAUCAAGAAUCUGGUAAAUAUGGAAAAAUUACGACUUGUUGGAAUGAAAUCACAUGAUUGUCACACGAUAUUGCAUCAUUUGCUUCCAAUUUCCAUUCGAUCAGUACUGCAAAAAGAAGUCAGGUGCACAAUUAUUAAGUUUUGUCUCUUCUUCAAGGCAAUUUGUAGUAAAGUCAUCGAUAUAGAUAAAUUGGAAAAAAUCCAAUCUCAGUUGGUGGAAACAUUAUGCCAGCUUGAAAAACACUUCCCUCCCUCCUUCUUUGAUGUGAUGAUCCAUCUCUCAAUUCAUCUCGUGAGAGAGGUUAAGCUUUGCGGGCCAAUAUUCCUACGUUGGAUGUAUCCUUUCGAAAGAUACAUGAAGAUGUUUAAGGGAUAUGUACGGAAUCCAGCUCAUCCUGAAGGAUGUAUUGCCGAGGCAUAUGUUGCCGAAGAGGCCGUCGAGUGUUUGGUAAAUUUUGAAGAAGCUACCAUUGGAUUGCCGCGAAAUCCUAGGCAAGAGCAGAAUGAUGGCAGGCCCUUAUCUGGUGCAACUAUGAUAAAGCCAAUCAAUCACGACUUGCACCUAGCACACUUGUGUUUUUUGCAAAACAGUAAUGACAUAAGGCCAUAUUUUGAGGAGCAUAUGGCAUCUUUGAUGACGAGAUUCAAACACCAUGAAAAUGAUGAAGUCUGGUUAAAAAAUAAGCAAAAUGAUACAUUCCCCACAUGGUUCAGGAAAAAGAUUGAAUCAGAAUUGUUGGACGAACACAAUACUAUAACUGACGAGAUAAGGUGGAUGGCAGAAGGCCCGAACAAGAUUGUGCCUACAUUUAGCGGAUAUAAAAUCAAUGGUGUUACUUAUAGCACGAAGGAGCGUGAUGAUAAACGGCAAGUUCAGUGCAGUGGUGUUUGUGUGGUUGCAGAUACAAUGCUUGUGCAGGGUAAACAUGUUAAGCAAGUAUGUUACAUUGAGGAUCCUCUUGAAAAAAAUUGGUUUGUUGUGUUGAAAUUACCGGAAAAGAACUACUAUGACCACUGUGAUGACGAAAAUGAUGGAUCGGUAGAAAUAGAACUUGAGAAUGAGUUACAUGUGCCAACGUUCCCGAAUGAUGACGAACAUGACGAGGAAAAAGCUAGUUAUAUGAGGGACGAAGAAGAAUGGAUCCAACUUUCAUGAUGUGAAUGAUCCAAUUUUUUAGCCUCAUUUGAAACUACUUAAGGGCAAGAAAAUUUAGGUCAUUUAAUGAUGAUGGAACCUGCAGGGUUUACUGAUGAUGUUGAUCAAGGUGAGAUGAUGUUGAUCAAGCAGGCAGAAGAAAUUUUAACAGUUGAGCCAAUUUGGGUGGACACAUACCACUGUUUGAUCGCAUUCUUGUUUUCCUAGUUGGUGCUUUGUAUUCCACUGUAAUACGCUACUCUGCCAACAUACAUGUUAUGUUUUGUGUAGGCAGUAGGUUUAGUUUGUUUAUUUCUCGAUUCAUGGAUUAACUUGUAAAUUUGACAGCAGUAUUUAGUUUGUUGGAUGAAUGCAAUGUCCAUUAUUUACUCUCUUUAAAAUAAUGCAACAGCUGCAAUAAUGAUUGCAUUUUGCAGCUUUUGUAUUAUUUUAAAGAGAGUAACACUGGACAUGUAUGCUCUUAUCGCCAAACUUAGAAUUUAAAAGUUGAAACCAUGAUGAUGAAUAUAUAAGUUAAAUGUGAU